AUGACUGCCUGUGGAACAGACUAUUUGACGGAGAAUGUGGCUGCCCACGAAAAGGGAAUGCGAGAACAAGCCAAGAAGAUGGGAGUUAAAUCCUUGAGGAGUGAAGAAGCUCAAAAGACCUCUGCUGAGUGUCGUCUGUGCAAGGUUGCUCUGAUGACCGUCAGCCUGUGGUUCGUGGCAUGGACCCCUUACUUCGUCAUCAGCUGGGGAGGAAUGUUCAACCGGACCAUGGUUACUCCUCUAUUCUCCAUCUGGGGCUUUGUCUUCGCUAAGGCCAACGCCGUCUACAACCCCAUCGUGUAUACCAUCAGUCACCCCAGGUACCGAGCUGCCCUUGAGAAGAAGCUACCCUGUCUAUCCUGUGCUACUGAGGGUAAAGACAGUGGUGGUUCUGAUGCUGGGUCCACUACUACUGCUGAAAUGACAGUGUCAGGUUUGGGUAAAUCGAGUUAUACCUUCAUACUUAAGAGCUGUCGCGUCUCACCAGAGCACAGUUACCUGUCAGGAGUUCCGACUCAGCAGAGCUUAAAGUAG